AUGACACAGGACAAGUGCCCCUUCAAGGAGCAGGCCUCUCAGCCCAAUUUCGCUGGUGGCGGUACCAGCAACAAGGACUGGUGGCCUGACCGGCUGAAGCUCAACAUCCUGCGCCAGCACACCGCUGUGUCUAACCCGUUGGAUGCUGAUUUUGACUAUGCCGCCGCAUUCAAAAGCCUCGACUACGAGGCCCUGAAGAAGGACCUUCGUGCCCUGAUGACCGACUCGCAGGACUGGUGGCCCGCCGACUUCGGUCACUACGGAGGUCUCUUCAUCCGGAUGGCCUGGCACAGCGCCGGAACCUACCGUGUCUUUGACGGUCGUGGAGGUGCUGGUCAGGGCCAGCAGCGGUUUGCCCCCCUGAACAGCUGGCCCGACAAUGUCAGUCUGGACAAAGCUCGCCGUCUGCUCUGGCCCAUCAAGCAAAAGUACGGCAACAAGAUCUCGUGGGCCGAUCUGCUAAUCCUCACCGGUAACGUCGCCCUGGAGUCUAUGGGUUUCAAGACCUUUGGCUUUGGUGGAGGUCGUCCAGACACCUGGGAGGCGGACGAGGCCACUUACUGGGGACGAGAGACCACCUGGCUGGGCAACGACGCGCGGUACGAGAAGGGAUUUGCUGGAUCGGAUAAGCGUGGCACCCUCAUCGCCGACGAGGAUUCACACAAGACCACCCACUCGCGGGAGCUCGAGACCCCUCUGGCCGCCGCCCACAUGGGUCUGAUCUAUGUCAACCCCGAGGGACCCGAUGGUAACCCGGAUCCCGUGGCGGCCGCUCACGAUAUCCGUGUCACCUUUGGCCGCAUGGCUAUGAACGACGAGGAGACAGUCGCCCUCAUUGCUGGUGGCCACACCUUUGGCAAGACCCACGGUGCUGCUCCUGCGGACAACGUCGGCAAAGAGCCCGAAGCCGCCGGCCUGGAAGCCCAGGGCCUCGGUUGGGCGAACAAGCAUGGCUCCGGCAAGGGUCCCGACACUAUCACAAGCGGACUCGAGGUGACCUGGACCAAGACCCCCACCCAGUGGAACAAUGACUUCCUCGAGUACCUGUUCAAGUUUGAGUGGGAGCUCACCAAGAGUCCCGCCGGCGCCCACCAAUGGGUUGCCAAGAACGCGGACGAGAUCAUUCCCCACGCCUACGAUGCCUCCAAGAAGCGCAAGCCCACCAUGCUCACCACCGACUUGUCGCUCCGCUUCGAUCCCGCCUACGAGAAGAUCGCCCGCCGCUUCCUCGAGCAUCCGGACCAGUUCGCCGAUGCCUUCGCCCGUGCCUGGUUCAAGCUCACCCACCGUGACAUGGGCCCCCGCGUCCGCUACCUCGGCCCCGAGGUUCCCAGCGAGGUGCUGGUCUGGCAGGACCCUGUCCCCGCCGUCAACCACCCGCUCGUUGAAGCUUCCGACAUUGCCACGCUCAAGGACGAGAUCCUCGCCUCCGGGGUGCCUCCUAGAAGCUUCAUCUCCACCGCCUGGGCCGCCGCCUCCACCUUCCGCGGCAGCGACAAGCGCGGCGGUGCCAACGGCGCACGCAUCCGUCUGGCCCCGCAGCGCGACUGGGAGGUCAACAACCAGCCCUGGCUGCGCGAGGCCCUCUCCGCGCUGGAGGCUGUCCAGUCGCGCUUCAACUCCCGCGGCGACGGCAAGAAGGUCUCGCUCGCCGAUCUCAUCGUCCUGGCUGGCUGCGCUGCCGUCGAGAAGGCCGCGCAGGACGCCGGCCACCCGAUCAAGGUGCCGUUCACCCCCGGUCGCAUGGACGCCUCCCAGGAGGAAACGGACGUUCAGUCGUUCAGCCACAUGGAGCCCUUCGCCGAUGGCUUCCGCAACUUCGCCAAGGGCCCCGCCCGCCCGCGCGCGGAGCACUACCUCGUCGACAAGGCCCAGCUGCUGGAGCUGUCUGCACCCGAGAUGACCGUCCUCGUCGGUGGUCUGCGUGUGCUCAACACCAACUACGAUGGCUCCGCGCACGGCGUCUUCACCUCCCGUCCUGGAGCCCUGUCGAACGACUUCUUUGUGCACCUGCUGGACAUGAACACCGCGUGGAAGGACGCCGGGAACGGCGAGCUGUUCGAGGGAAGCGACCGCAAGACUGGUGGCAAGAAGUGGACGGCUACUCGUGCAGACCUGGUCUUCGGCUCGAAUGCUGAGCUGCGUGCCAUUGCAGAGGUGUACGCGAGCAACGAUGGUGAUAUGAAGUUCGUCAAGGACUUUGUGGCGGCGUGGAACAAGGUUAUGAACCUGGAUCGGUUUGAUCUGAAGGGCAAGCAGACUAUUCCCGCUCGUUUGUGA